CGGUGGCUGGGGAAAGAUGACACGACGCCAAGACGCCAAUGCUUUCAACCGAUUCAACGCAGCGCAAUAAGACGUUAUAUUUGUUUGUUACUUAAGAUUGUUGGAAUAUAUAUUUAUUACUGCAAGUAGUAUUGAUCGACUAACGGCUCACCAUCCUAGACAACAUCAGAAGUGUGUGUUUUACGGUGGUUCCCAAUUUUAGCAAAUAUUCUGCAGGCUGUUGUUUGCUCAGAGAUUGGACAAGAUGCCAAAGCAAAAGCAAAGGAAAUCCAGAAAACGAAGUAGAAGAGAACCUUCCUCGUCUUCAACAACCAGUAGUUCUUCCGGCAGUUCUAGCAAUAGUAAUGGGCAUAAACAUAAGAGAUCCAGGUGUAAGUCAAGGGAAACCACGUUCGGGACGAACGUGACGUCAGGAUGGCCGUGCAGUCCCACUCUAUGUCUGUCGCUGCUGACCGGCAGAUGCAGUCCCACUCUAUGUCUGUCGCUGCUGACCGGCAGAUCGACGGUGGCUGGGGAAAGAUGACACGACGCCAAGACGCCAAUGCUUUCAACCGAUUCAACGCAGCGCAAUAAGACGUUAUAUUUGUUUGUUA